UCUUUUCGUCCCCUGUUCCCUCCUCCGGUUUCCCCCGCCUCCAUUUUGUUCGCGGACGCUGGGGACGGUGGGAGCAGAUCCAUUUCCGGGUUGGCAAAAAGGGAGGCGGCGGUGAGAAAGAGAGGCCGCCCGGGGGCUAGCGGGAUAAGACGAGAGCAGAGCAGAGGUGGUGGAGGAUUCGCUCCCGGAGCAGCUGUGACCAGGUCGGAAGGAGGCUGGGGCGGCUGGGGUCCGGCGCUGAGGUAUAUGAGUGACCUAAGGCUGCAGGGGGAGACGGAGAGAGAGCAGUGCCAACUGGGAGCAGGGCAAGGAUGCCAAUCCCGCCGCCCCCGCCGCCCCCGCCUGGCCCCCCGCCCCCCACUUUUAAUCAGGCAAACACAGAGCAGCCCAAGCUGAGCAGAGAUGAGCAGCGAGGUCGCAACGCACUCUUGCAGGACAUCUGCAAAGGGACCAAGCUUAAGAAGGUGACCAACAUUAACGACCGGAGCGCUCCGGCCCUGGAGAAGCCCAAAGGAAGCGGCGGCAGCUAUGGCUCAGGAGCCGCUGCCCUGCAGCCCAAGGGAGGUCUCUUCCAAGGAGGGGUCCCAAAGCUGCGGCCUGUGGGGACCAAGGACAGUGCAGCUGUGUCCGCAGAGGGGCUGCCGGGGAAGCCAGCCCCGCACACCCCCGCAUCUCGAGCGGCUGCCCCGAGGCCCCCGGCGUCUGCAGCCAGCGGGCGUCCCCAGGACGACUCAGACAGCGGCCGCGCCUCCCUCCCUGAGCUGCCCCGGAUGCAGCGCCCCUCACUCCCCGACCUCUCACGGCCCAGCGCCACCAGCAGCACAGGCAUGAAGCACAGCUCCUCGGCGCCCCCGCCCCCGCCCCCAGGCCGGCGUGCCAAUGCGCCCCCCACACCCCUGCCCACGCACGGCACCAAGGCCCUGGCCUACAGCCGGGAGAAGCCCCUGCCACCCACCCCGGGACAGAGGCUGCACCCUGGGCGUGAGGGGCCACCUGCGCCACCCCUGGUCAAGCCGCCACCUUCCCCUGUGAACUUCCGAGUGGGACCAAGUGGCCAGUCUCUGGCCCCGCCGCCACCGCCUUACCGCCAGCCUCCGGGCGUCCCCAACGGGCCCUCCAGCCCCACAAACGAGCCGGCACCCGAGCUGCCGCAGAGACACAACUCUCUGCACAGGAAGACACCAGGGCCUGUGCGGGGCCUCGCACCUCCUCCGCCUGCCUCGGCCUCCCCCUCCUCACUGAGCAGUCGGCCACCUCCCCCAGCCCGGGAGCCUCCUGGAAGAGGGGCAGCGCCCCCGCCCCCGCCCCCCACGGUCCGAAAUGGUGCCAGGGACGCACCCCCGCCGCCCCCGCCCUAUCGCAUGCACGGGGCAGAGCCCCCCAGCCGCGGGAAGCCCCCACCUCCACCCUCCAGGACGCCCGCCGGGCCGCCGCCGCCGCCGCCGCCCCUGAGGAACGGCCACCGGGACUCCAUCACCACGGUCCGCUCCUUCUUGGAUGACUUUGAGUCCAAGUAUUCCUUCCAUCCUGUAGAAGAUUUUCCAGCUCCAGAAGAAUAUAAGCAUUUUCAGAGAAUAUAUCCCAGCAAAACACACCGAGCUGCCCGUGGAGCCCCUCCCUUGCCACCCGUUCUCAGGUGAAGCCUGGCUGGUCCCGUUCCUCAGGAAAGGACAGACCCGCUCUUCUCAGACGGCCCCCACCCUGAAACCUGCAUGAGCACUCCCGCUCGACUCCAGCAUCCUCAGGCUCGCCUCCAUCUCUGCAUCUGUCCCGGACUUGUGAUGGCUCCCAUCAGCAUCGGGUUCACACCCGCCUUCCUCUGUCCUGGCCAGCCCUGCUGAGCAGAAGAGGAGAGAGCCCCACCUCUGCUUUCCUGGGGAGGGUGCCUUGUGGACAGGCAGGCAGGGUGGAGCCAUCUGCUGUCACCUGCUGUCAAGAGGCUCCACAGUCAGGACUUCUGUGGUGAGGAAGCAUUUGCCGUAAAGCAAGGGAGGAGUUCAAAGAGUAGUGAUCUGUUUUAAAGGUCAGGUUUGGAAAAGGAGAGGAAGUGGCUCUGCUUUAUUUCCAGGGGUAUUUUGUUCUGUUCUCACCUCCCCCGACCCAGGGUUAAGGUAGCUACGAACACUAAGUACUAAUCAGCUGACUAAACAGUUAAUCUGCAGAGAGGGUGAAGUAAACUGAGGACCACUUAGAGCCAGUCAGUUCUGCUGCUAAGGGACAGCACCAUCCGAGCCCUGGGACUCCCUGCCUCCUGUCCUCAGGGUGCUAGCCCGAAGGGUGUUCUCCCCCACCCCAAGCCCUUCUAGGGGACAUGAGUCACUCCUGUCACAAGCCCCAAAAACCUCUGGUGGGAGAUAGGAAGGUGGGGUCUGGGGCCCCGCCUCUGCCCUGGUGUUUUCUGACUGGCCCUGCUGCCCCCGGAAGUGCUGCAGGCCACAGAGGACCUUGGGGCUGCCUCUGCUGGAACUCAGCUGUCUGCCCGGCAGGCUCUUCUGGCUCCCUGCUGCACCACCCUCGCCUUUCCAGGGCUGCAGGGCAGCCCAGCAGUAUGGGGCGGGUGAAGGAGGGAGUAGACCCUUGGGGCUUCAGGGUUCUCUAUGCAGGAAGCACAGACUUCAAGACGUGUCCCUGGUCCAGGGGUCUGCCUGGCAGCCAGCAGUGUGAUUGUGUCUUCCAGGCCCUGGCCAGGGCAUGGAGAGCGGAGGCUCCAGCUGAGGCGGGAGGGUGGGGCAGCGGCUUCCCCUCCUGCAGUAGCAGCAUGGGCUCCUGGCUCCACAUACCCAUGGGUCAGCUUGCAGAGGCUGCCUAGAGUUUGGCAGCAGAGCAGGGAGACCAAGCUGUCCUUGUUGCUUCCGCUGGGCCAUAGGCCAAGGGUCCAGGCCAGCUGUGCACGGCGCCAGGCCACGGAGGGCUCUGGGUUGUGUGUCCGGAGCCUGCUGUCCCUUGCCAUCCUCUGGACCACGCUGACGGGGCACAGACCAUGGUUAGAUCUGUCCCCGGACUGGUUUUGACCAUUCUUUGUUUAGCGCUGUUGUUUUCUCAUCUAUUAGCAGCCACCUCCCGGAAGUUCCCCCAGCACCCCGAGGCAGGGAGGGCACAGAAGCUGCCACUGCAGCAAGUCCCAGGGCAGACACUGACAAGUGACUGAACUUUGACUGUGAAGUCUUCCCAUUUAUUUUUGAAAUGGGAGUCGAUGCCUUUUGUACAAUGUUCUCAAAGUGUGUCUUUUUUCCCUUUACUCAGACAUAGAGCAUCCAAGUAAGUAUCGCAAAUAAAGCCAAACCCCAGCUUUUCAUUGGGGCUGCUACCUUCCUCCUCGUGACCUGCUGGCCCUCCUGUUCCCCAGCGUUCAGACUGCGUCACGUAGGCAUGGACUGUAUCUCCACUGCUGGCCUGGAGACAGAGGCCCGGCUCUGGUCUGAUGGGGUGGGUCUCCUUCCAAACAGGCCGGUGACGCAGUGCCGUUGAGCUAGCUUUGCCUUACACGCUGUGUGGUUCCGCUGUUAAUAACAAAUUUAUUAUGUAUAUUUGCUAUUGAAGACGGGAAUGUGACCCGCAUAGUUACCGGUCUAUUUUGUAUGUUGUACAGAGCUUGGACUAUAGGUUCAAAGUGGGCACUGAACUUCUCACCUCCCAAACUGCCCCUGGGCCCUGUUGGUGGGAACGUCCUCCCUGGGAAAGUUGGGUGGCCUCAUGUUGAGGCUGCACCCGGCCCUCUAACCUCCCUUGUGCCCUCCCAGAGGGAAGUGAUGUCACCCAGCUUAGCGUGGAGAAGCUGUGUGCGUGGCCUUCGUGUCGAUUUGGCUCAUGAUGUUUUUCCUAGCUGGGAAACUUGUUAGUCGCUUCUGUUUAAACGUGCUAGGUGCCCCUCUUCUCUACUCCAGUUUCUGAACCCGGACCAAAGCACUCUCAAUCCAGGUGUGGCUUCUCUCUCUUGGGGAUCUGCUCCAGCCUUGAGCCCACGCUUCCCACAGCUGGAGCAACAGAGUCUGGAGCUGUCCCAGCCCUGGCUGUCACACUGCCCCCCCCCACCCCCAGCUUCCCAGCUUGGAUCCCACGUUUACCUCCCGAGAGAGGUGAGGAAAAAGUUGUACAUAAGACUUGCUACAGAGCAACUCAGGGUUAGGGUGUGUUUUCAUUCUCCUGAUAACUUGAAAUAAUCUAGGCUGAGUGCUUCUGGGGGUGGGGAGAAGCAUGACUCGGGGCCCUUCCCCUCUGUGGCACUCGGGGUGAGCAGGGCCUUCCAGAGCCCACCCCACACCAGCUGCAGCCGGAUUCUGCACAUGCCGCUGUCCUCUGUCUUCCCCUGUCGCCUCGGCCCCUGGCUCUCCAGCCAAAGUUAGGGCUGUUGAGCCACCCAAAGUUAGGGAAUGGGAGAUGAGAGGGCCUCACGACUCUGCCUUCAAGGUUCAUCUCUUAAAAUAACAACAUUGUAAUCACCUUCAAAACCACAUGCAAAAAAGAAAAAAAUGAGAACUGUGUAACUGAAGGGAGGGUUUGGUUCCAUUUAACUCCACGUUCAUUGUGCCUUUACUUGUGUUAGAUUUCUGUGCUUUUCUCCUCUGCGUCUUGGAAGUAAUUAAAAUCCUCCUUGAGAAGUGCAGUUUCCUCCUUUCUAGUCUUGUUUCUGACACUCGCUGGGCUGCUUCUCCCUGUCUUCACCUAGUUACGGUGGUGGCAGAGGGUCCUGGCCUUCUCAAGACUAAUCUGACCUUUUCUGCAGUGAGCAGCGUGGAAUUCAUAGUCAACACUGAAUAGAAGAUGAGAGCAGGUGUGUGUGUGUGUGUCUGUCUGCAUGUGGAUCAGUUUCUUUUUAAAAAAUAAUUUAUUGUAUGAUUUAUCUUGGAGUUCAUUCUGAUUACAGUGCUCCGUCUCCUAAACAGCACUGAUUUUUUUUCCACCCCUAAAAUGUGUAAUUGGGUCUCAGGUUGGAUCCUUUGGUACAUUUCUUUCUUUUGGAUGCCAUGCAGUUUAAUUAAACCUUGCAAAAAAAAAAAAAAAAAGAACCACACACA